AUGGCUGCAGGUCGAGCUUCCUUUCUUGCUGCUGUUGCUGUUUUCUCCAUGCUGAUUAUGUCGUCCCUGGGGAAUCCGAAGCCUUUAUGCAGUGACUGUGGGACGUUGUGCAGUACCAACUGCAACGCGGAGGCUAACACCUCCUGCAACACCAGCGGUAACUGUUACAACCCUCGGGCGGACUGCCAGAAGCAGGUUUUCGAUGGCUGCACCAGAGAUGGUUUCUGCUGCAGCAGCAACGGCACCUGCACUUGUGACUGCAACACCGUAGCUCAAGAACGUUGCAGCAGCGUUACCGACGGCUCUGUACGUUGUGAUUCUUGCAAGCGUGCCAUGUUCGACCAGUGCUAUCCCACCUGUGUCAGUGACUGCAACACCAAGUGCAAGAAAAAAGGGUGCGACGCAUAG